CUCUUUAGACCAGGGAGACGUUAAUCUAGGACAGAUGCUUCUGAGGUCCUCAGUUAGUUCAAAGUAAAGUUCUCCUUGAUGUUUGUUCUGUUCCAGAGGGCUGAGGAGAACGCACACGCUUUUCUAGACAAGGAGCUGAAGAAGCUCUGGAGGGAUCUCUUCUCAGAUUACCCACAAUGCUCAGAGUGUCAGAUGGAGGAGGAGGAGGAGGAUGGUAAGAACGCGGAGCAGAGGAGGCGUGCCAUAGAAGGCGUGGUAGACAUCACAAAGUUCUGCCUGAUGGAGAUGAACCAGGAGGAACUGGCCGACAAGCUGGGGAGUGGAGCUGUUGCGGUCCAGUGGCAACAUGAACUCAAGGCUCAUCUGAAGAAGAAGUUCCACUGUGUUUUUGAGGGAAUCGCUAGAGCCGGAGAGCAGAGACCUCUGAAUGAGAUCUACACAGAGCUCUUCAUCACAGAGAGAGGCAGUGGUGAGGUCAACAAGGAACAUGAGGUCAGUCUGAUUGAAAAGGCAUCCAGGAAAACAGCCAAAGAGGAAGUACCAAUCAGAUGUGAAGACAUCUUUAAACCUUUACCUGGACAAGAUAAACCAAUCAGAACAAUAAUGACAACUGGAGUGGCCGGCAUUGGUAAAACUGUCUUAACACACAAGUUCACUCUGGACUGGGCAGAAGGCAAAGCCAACCAAGACAUAGACUUCGCAUUUCUCCUCACUUUCAGAGAGCUGAAUUUACUGAAAGGGAAAGAGUUUAGCUUACUGGAACUUCUUCAUCAGUUUUCUGUUGAAACCAAAGAAUCAGGAAUCUACAGAUACGACCUUGACAAAGUAGUCUUCAUCUUGGAUGGUCUGGAUGAGUGUCGACUUCCUCUGGACUUCCAGAACAACCCGAUCUGGACGGAUGUCAACGAGCCGACCUCAGUGGACGUGCUGCUGACAAACAUCAUCAGGGGAGUCCUGCUUCCCUCUGCCCGCAUCUGGAUAACCACACGCCCUGCCGCAGCCAAUCAGAUCCCUGCUCAGUGUGUUGACAUGGUGACCGAGGUGAGAGGGUUCACCGACCCACAGAAGGAGGAGUACUUCAGAAAGAGAUUCAGAGAGGGGACACUGGCCAGCACAAUCAUCUCUCACGUCAAGAAAUCUCGAAGCCUCCACAUCAUGUGUCACAUCCCAGUCUUCUGUUGGAUCACUGCUACAGUUCUAGAGGACUUCUUCAAAACAUCCCAGAGAGGAGAAGAGGUGCCCAAGACCGUGACUCAGAUGUACAGCCACUUCCUGAGGGUUCUGUCCAUACAGGGGGACAGGAAGUAUCAUGGUCGAGCUGAAACAGAUCCACACUGGAGUUCAGAGAGCAGGGAGAUCAUUGUUUCUCUGGGGAAACUGGCUUUUAACCAGCUGGAGAAAGGCCAGCUGAUCUUCUACGAGGCAGACUUGGCAGAGUGUGACAUCGAUAUCAGAGCAGCCUCAGUGUACUCAGGAGUAUUCACCCAGAUCUUUAAAAAGGAGUAUGUGCUGUACCAGGACAGGAUGUUCUGCUUCGUCCAUCUGAGCAUCCAGGAGUUUCUGGCUGCCCUUUAUGUCUUUCUGUCCUACAUCAACAUUGGUGUCAACCUUCUCUCAGAAGAACAUCCAACCUCCGGGGAAGCUGAACUCCUCCUCCUCUACCAGAGUGCGGUGGACAAGGCCUUACAGAGUGAGAACGGACACCUGGACUUGUUCCUCCGCUUCCUCCUGGGCCUCUCUCUAGAGACCAAUCAGAUGCUCCUACAAGGUCUGCUGGGACCAAGAGGAAGUAAAUUACUGAGCAAUCUAACAAAAAAUGUUUCACCGGGGCAGACAGGAAGGAGGUCACAAAUCAAUACCCAAAUAGUCCAUUACAUCAAGGAGAAGAUAGGUGGAGAUCUCUCUCAAGAGAGAAGCAUCAAUCUGUUCCACUGUCUGAAUGAGCUGAAUGACAGUUCUCUAGUGGAGGAGAUCCAACAGUACAUGUCAUCAGGAAGACUCUCCACAGAAUCUCUCUCCUCUGCUCAGUGGUCAGCUUUGGUCUUCAUCGUACUGACAUCAGAAGAGCAGCUGGACGUGUUUUACCUGAAGAAAUACUCUGCUUCUGACGAGCUGGACCUGAGUUCCAAUCGUCUGCUGGAUUCAGGAGUGAAGCUGCUCUCUGCUGGACUGGGGAGUCCACACUGUACACUGGAAACUCUCAGGCUGAUUGGCUGUGAUCUGUCAGAGAGAUGCUGUGAAGCUCUGGCCUCAGUUCUCAACUCCAACUCUUCUCGUCUGAGAGUGCUGGACCUGAGUAACAAUGAUCUGCAGGAUUCAGGAGUGAAGCUGCUCUCUGCUGGACUGGGGAGUCCACACUGUACACUGGAAACUCUCAGGCUGACUGGCUGUCAUCUGUCAGAGAGAUGCUGUGAAGCUCUGGCCUCAGUUCUCAGCUCCAACUCCUCUACUCUGAGAGAGCUGGACCUGAGUACCAAUGAUCUGCAGGAUUCAGGAGUGAAGCUGCUCUCUGCUGGACUGGGGAGUCCACACUGUACACUGGAAACUCUCAGGUUGUCUGGCUGCCUGGUCACACAGGAAGGCUUUGCUUCUCUGGCUUCAGCCCUGAGCUCCAACCCCUCCCAUCUGAGAGAGCUUGACCUGAGCUACAAUCACCCAGGAGACUCAGGAGCUGCGCUGCUCUCUGCUGGACUGGAGGAUCCACCCUGGAGACUGGACACUCUUAGGUAUGGAGAGGACAGCUCACCAUUCAGAGACAAUCACAGUGGAGUGUGGAGACUGAAACCAGCUCUAAAGAAGUAUGCCUGUGAACUCACACUGGACCCCAACACAGCCCACAGAGGACUCUCUCUGUCUGAGGACAGCAGGAAGGUGACGCGGGUUGAAGUGGACCAGUCGUAUCCUGAUCACCCAGAGAGGUUUGAUGACCAGCUCCAGGUGUUGUGUAGAGAGGGUCCGACUGGCCGCUGUUACUGGGAGGUAGAGUGGGGAAGACGGGUUAAUAUAGGAGUGGCAUACAGAGGAAUGACAAGGAGAGGAGCGGGUGAUGACAGCAGGCUUGGAUUGAACAACAAGUCCUGGAGUCUUGUUUGUGAUGACGACACUGAUGCUGCUUUCUAUACUGCCCUUCACAACGGUAGUUCAACAUCCAUACGUCUCCCCCCCCCUCGCUCUAACAGAGUAGGAGUGUAUCUGGACCGGCCCGCUGGCUCUCUGUCCUUCUACAGAGUGUCCCCAGGUGGAGGGGGGUCCUCAGGCACACUGACACACAUCCACACCUUCCAGGCCUCCUUCACCCAGGAGGUCCUCCUCCCUGGGGUUGGGUUACGUAAGCCUGGUUCCUCAGUGUCUCUGUGAGUGUCCAUUGUAGAUACACAAACACACACAUAGACCCAUGGAAAAGCACACACAUGUAGACAUGUAGUCAUAAACACACCCAAACCAACAAACUCAUAUGUACAUAGAAAUUAACACACACGCACACAAACAAACACAUCGCACUCUAUAAACACACACACACAAACGUAUGCAGACUUAUUCACACACACACACACACACACACACACACACACACACACACACACACACACACACACACACACACACACACACACACACACACGUACACAGACUUCUUUACACAGACAUGCACUCACACAAACACAUCCUUCAUGGAUCUAAACCCACAGCAGUGCCCUAUACCACGAAGCUCGCUGAACAUACCCAGGCUUUCUUGGGAAAACCUGGCUCGACAGAGCCGCAACUCGCAAUCAGAGUUAAAUGGUACCACAAAGCUCACUUUAGAUUCAAUUAGUU